AUGACACGGCAUCGUUUUCAACAUGUGAUUCUUCUGCUCAUUCUGAUUGGUGGAGUCUCGAGCUGCUCUAACCCAGGAACGGUAAAUCUUAACGAUAAGACCCAUUACUCUGACGUCAUAGUUGCCGGUACUAUCCAAUCCAAGGUACGCGACGGGGUUUAUUCAAUAGAGGUAAACUGUGUUCUCAAAGACAGUGGGGCAGAUAUUCCAGUCUCUCUUAAUAUCACUGGGGUGGAGGAAGAAGAGGGUGGCUUGUGCUUUGUGAGCGAGAUAUCAGUUGGGAACAAGUUUGUGGUCUUCCUGUCCAGUUUCUAUUCUAUGAGAUACAAAGAACAAAACUACGAAGACUACACUAACAUAAUAAAUACAGCUUGUGAUCUUGGAGUAAAAAGCAAAGAACCGCUAGGUGGUUCUACAGGGGUCUGUAAGGAUGUGGUACAGAGAGCUUGUCCUACCACAACACCAGCAGUUCGAACAAAAAGAACAAAGAAGCCAAGGAAAACCACAACCACCACCUCUCUUAGAUCCACCACCACCCCUCUUAGAACCACCACCCCUCUUAGAUCCACCACCAACCCUCUUAGAUCCACCACUACCAUUGACAGAUCAGGAAGUAGCUCUCCAGACAAUGAAUCCAAACCAUUGGAUAAAAAUGGACUUGGCAAAAUUGACAGUCAAACACAACAGAGGCCCCAUACAGGAGGAAUGGGGAGUAAUAAUGGGGGCUCUCAUCCUGAAUACAGCUAUGUGAUCCUUUUAGUUGCCACCCUAUUUGUUCACUUCUAG